UGCGUUCUGCGCCAUUUUUUGACUCUUAGACUUUUCAACUCUUUUCACCCCACUUCUUUACACGGUUGUGACAGUUGGUGGCUGGCAACACUGAUUUCGUUCAAAUUGACGCUGAAAGCUAGGAAAAACAACCGAUACAGACUCAAGUAAAUUACAAUAUUAUUCCGUGUAAUCAAAGUCCGAUAAUUGAAACAACUGAGUAAUUUUGAAGUUUGAGAUAAUUUGCAAACAAAAUUUGCCAAGAUGACGAUCAAACAAGAUUUCUACAAUGCGGAUGAAUUUUGGGGUUAUGUCGAAGGCAAAUUGCAUUGCAAUGUUCCCAAAUACAUCAAAAAUAUAUUACGAAUUAAAUGCCUCGACGAUCCAAUCUCUCUGCAAGACAUCGAUGACACCGUCAUCGAGCAACUGGAAUCGUUUGUCCAAAGUGGUGGAUUAACUCCAUUCAUACCGGACAACACCACCGAUCUUAAAGAAUUUUACGGCAUAUUUCAUCAAGUUCCAAAUAAGUUCAAAAUCACCGUUGGAUCAAAGAUACUGCUGAAAUUGAUUGUGGCAUAUGUGACCGAACAAGUCAACACUAAAGGUCCAAACUUUUACAAGAGUGAGUAACGUGCCGGUAUAUACCAGGCUCUUGGAAGCAGUAUAGAUCGUCGUCAAAACUGAUUUUGAUACUGUAAAUGAAUUAUACUGACAAAUAAACUCUUGACGUUCAAUGUUAA